CAUGUCGCACAACAAACCAAUCACACUGCAACGUAUCGUACCGCCCCUUGCGCGUCGCUUGAAAAAGUGAAAGUAAGCCGGCAUCGAAGUCUGCACCCACUGCGGCGGAAUCGCGGCACGUUAGACUUGAGCGAUCGCUGCCUACAGCAAGCGACGAACCCUCCCACCUUACACGUUGUCCGAUCAAGACACGCACACACACACGUUGUUUGUUGUGCGUUUCGUGGUGUGGUGCGUUAUUUUGGUUUUCGUUUACUCGCUCGCUCGCGUGCGAUCGGCCUUUUCAUUACAUAAGUUCUUGUGUGCGUCUUAUGCUCCGUACGGUCCGCACGGCCGGCGUUUCAGUCGCUUGGGCACCAUGCUGGAACGCGGAACGAUAACGCUGCUGGGGCUGUUGCUGGCGCUCGUCUCGUCAGCUGAUCGGUGGGCCGUGCUGGCAUUUCGCAAAUCGUUUGAAGAGCUCAGCGUUCAUACACUUCCCGAUUCCGGUUCACUCGAGGAUUGCUCACUGCGUUUGCAAAAGCUAGCUCAUGAUGAACCACCGGCAGCACCGUUGGAAGAGUUUCCAUCGUACUCCCGCGAGUUCGCUCAUCUGGCUGCGAUAGGCUGGAAGUCCAAGAGUAAUGACGACAUUGAGUGGCGUUGCAGUGGCAGUCUUAUAGCGGAGAACUUUAUUCUAACCGCUGCACACUGCACGCAGGAUGAAGGCGUUGAACCCACCGUGGUACGUAUGGGUGAUCUCGAUCUGUACAGCGCCAAGGAUGAUCGUUAUGCGCAGCAGGUAGAGAUAGCGGAAAUUAUCCGCCAUCCAGAGUUUAACUUUAGCAGCGCGUACCACGACAUAGCGCUGCUUCGGCUAAAGAAAUCCGUGACUGUCACCGACUUCGUCACACCGGCCUGUCUGUACACGAACGAUUCCCUAACAUUCGACAAGCUGCAGGCUGCGGGCUGGGACUUUUAUGCAGAAGUAUCGCCACCGAUUCUAACUACCCCGCUCAAUCCGAUCAAUCAAGAUCGCUGCAAGUUUUGGUACCGCGACAAUAAGGAAGCCUUUCGGAAGGGUAUCAAUCGGAUGCUGAUGUGCGCGGGUGAUGAGCAGCUUAAGAACUGCCCGAGCGAUACGGGCGGUCCGCUGCAGGUGAAGCUGUUGUCCAGCUCUCGGUACACGCCGUUCGUUGUCGGCGUGUCGGCGCUCGGUGUGCCGUGCGGUGCAACAACGCCCGGUGUGUAUGCGAAGGUUCCGCACUACAUUCUGUGGAUUGAAGCCGUGACGAAGCUGGUGUACCAUCCGCCAGAGUGCGUCAUUCGGCACAUCUCCCGGCGGGAGCUGGACACAUCGCUCGUUGCACCGGAAUUGAAGACCACCGCCCUGGAAACUCAUCUGACCGGCAAGAAGGGAACGGUCGAGGCAAAUCCUUUGCGUGCUAAAUUGCACGUAUUCAAAGAAUUUAAGUGUGCUGUGGGCAAGGAUGGUGAGAACGUGGAGUGGCUUUGCGGUUGCACAAUUGUUGCACAGGACUUUGCACUGACGUCUGCCCGAUGCGUCAAGGAUGUUGAUGUCGAUGUGGUGAACUAUCGCAACGACUGGAAAAAGAUAGCCGAAGUAAUCUUCCACCCGGAGUACGACAGGAAGACACUCUACAACGAUCUAGCACUGAUUCGGCUGCAAACCGACAACCGUAAUCGAUACGACUGGAAGGCGGUGUCAUGCAUCGGAGCACCGGGCGAGGAAGAUCAAAGCGAGUACCUAACGUUCGGCAUCGGACCGUACAACCUGAACGAUGACGGGCGCACGGAUGGCAAUGCGGACGGCACGGAACGCUACGUAACGGCCACGCUGCAGCGGGUGGAAAACGCCAACUGUACCGAAGCGUACAAGGGCUACGGUAUACUGAAGAGCGGCCUGAACGCCACCCAGUUCUGUCUCGGCUCGGGCGGCGAUCAUAUCGUGCCGGGUGCGUGCGAACCAUGGAACGGUAACGAGGUGCUCGGCGAGAUUCGCCCGCCCAUCGACCCGAACCCUUUCCCGGAGGAUCUCGUGGGCGUAAGCUCGUACGCACCGGACUGCGGGUUCGGACGGCGGCCGCUCGUGGCCUCGCGAGCGAUCGCGUUUCGCGACUGGAUGGACACGGUCAUCUACAAGACGACUAAAGUGCAGUCCGUACCGCAGGUGCUGAUGGAGAAGGAGCUGGCGCUGGACUACAUCUGCGAGGCGUCGGACCGGGAGGCGGGCGUGUGCGUCCACAUCGACCACUGUUCGCACCGGGCGCUCGCCAAGGAUGUGGUGAAGGUGUGCACGAACGAGACGGCCCCCAUUGUGUGCUGUCCGGUGAAUUCCUUCAUCGCGACCGCCCACCUGCCGCUGCUGACCGAGUGCGAAACAAACUACCAGCGGUUCCGCAAGAAGUACGCCGACUUUGUAGGCGACCGGGGGACCGCCCAGCCGCUCGAGGACGGUGCCCAUCCGCACUCGGUGAUGAUUGGCUGGAAGGUCAACAAGACGGCCACCGCCUGGCACUGCACGGGCACGUUAAUUAACCUGAACACGGUGCUCACGACGGCGGGCUGUGCUAACAGUGUGCGAAGACGCAGCCCGGAAGUGGUCAGUGUCGGCGAAACGAAUGUCGCCAGAAUCUACGACGGUGCGGCACAGAUCAUACGCGUGAAGGAAACGAUCCGGUACCCGAGUUACAAUGCGAAAACGCACGACAACGACAUUGCGGUGCUGAAGCUGGAAUCGGACGUGCUCGUCAACGAAAAUGCAAUUCCGGCCUGCCUGUGGCGCGACCUGAACCGCACCCCGUACUACGGCCAGGAGGUACACUUCGACGGUCAAUCGCUGACGGCGCGGGACAAGAACGUGGUACACAACCGGGACUGCCAGCUGUUCACUUCGCACACCGAGCUGACGAACGAUCAGCUCUGCUGGCAGGAGUUCCGGCUGCGACCGGACGGUGCCGACGCACCGAACUGUGGGCGCAAGGGCAAUCCGUUUAUUACGCUGCAGCGCACCAACAACAUAUAUUUGCCAUAUCUGGUCGGGCUGUACAGCUACGACCGGCAGUGUGCCGGCGGUGAGCCGAUCGUUGCCACGCGCAUCUCGUCCUACAUCAAUUGGAUUAGUCUGUACAUGUAGGGGCAUUACGGGGGCUGCAUGCGUUGCGGUUUGGAUGGUCAGUGGUGAGCGUAAUUGUACUGCUAUUUGCAAAAGGCGAGGGUGGUAUCAAACCGCCCAGUCCAAAACCGCCCAUGGCGAACAUGGCGCGCGUGAACAAAUGUGACGAAAAUUAUCUGCUAAAUUGUUACACCAAUUCUAGCGCGGAUGGGUGUAGCACGCCUGAACGUGGCAAUAAAAUUCACGCAAAUAGAAACGCGCCAUGUCCUUUCGUGGAAGACUGUUGAUUGCUUGAAUGGACAGGACCGUGGCCGUGGUGUCGUGUGGGUGAUGUAAUUCGGAUUGGUUUGACCAACCUUUCCAUCACAGCGAGUGGAUGUACGUGCAGAUGGGCAGGAAUAAAAUUAUGUAUUUGUAUUUUCCUAA